ACUUGUUUCAUCAAAAAAAAGGAUUCCUUGGUAGUGGAGCUUUUAGAAUACCCACCAUGUUAGCCCUUUCUCCCCAAGGUCCCCAUCUCUUUUCCACCAUGGGUUGGCAAGAAGAAGACAACAUCAGCCAUGUGCUCAACACCGAAGAAGCCUUUGCAAGCCACACCCCAAAGGAAACAGAAACAUCCUACCAAUCUCUUGGGCUUUCACCCACUCAGCCAGAGUUCGAGCUUGAUGACCUCCAAAACUCCACUCUUUCACCCACUCAGGCAGAGUUUGAGCUUGAUGACCUCCAAAACUCCACUUUUUCCAUCAGAGACCCUUCCAACCCCACCAGGAAGCUGAACCACAAUGCCUACGAACGCGACCGGAGGAAGAAACUCAACACCUUGUACUCCUCCCUCCGCUCUCUACUCCCAGAGACGGAUCAAAGUCAGAAGAAGCUGAGCAUUCCAUCGACUGUUUCCCGUGUUCUGAAGUACAUUCCUGAGCUACAAAGGCAGGUUGAGAAGCUAACAAGGAGAAAGGAAGAGAUCUUAUUGAUGGUGUCGAGGCAAGAAGAACAUGGCCAUAAUAGUACGGGAGGCAUAAUCUAUCCUAUUGUUUCAGCAACCUGUCUUAAUAACAAAGAAGUCAUGCUCCAGAUCUGUUUCUUGCAUAAAGCUGUAUGUCUUCCUUUCUCUAAGGUUCUAAGGGUUUUGGAGGGAGAGGGUCUUCAGCUCAUGAAUGCCUCCACUUUUACCACCCAUGCUGACAAGACCUUCUACACCCUUCAUCUUCAGGCAAGGGAAUCCAGGAGCAUAGAGUGUCAGAUCUUCUGCGAACAUCUCAUCAAAACUAUAAGAGAGCAAGCAGCACUUGGUUCCAUUAGACACUGUAUGUAAAGAAGAUACGGAUGGAAAUUCUCUGAUGAAAAUUUAUGUGACAAUAUUAAGAAAAAAAAAAUCUGUGAGUGUUUCAGGCUUGUAAAUAGGUUUGUGUCUUUUAAAGAAGUCUAAUAGCUUAUGGCCUAUGCAAAGUUCUUUGUAGUAAUAGGCAUAAGCAGUAUGAUUUUGUGCUUGGUUUGUGAACAAUCUUUUUGAGAAGUGGUUUAUAUGUGAA